GCGAACCACCGGACCUCAACUGAGACACCAAAGCCACAGCCCCUCCUCUCCUCUCUGACAUCCCCAACUGCUCCUCCUCCCUCCUCUCAUCUCUCAAUGGCAACGGCGGCUGCAUCUCGGCCCAGCAGCCCGGUCCGUUUGAGCCCCAUUCCCAACUACCACUCGGCAUCGCUCAACCGUGUCAAGCUCUCCGCCGGCGGCUCGCCGGUCAAGUCCGUCAGCGUCUCCUCUCCCCCUUCCUCCCCCUCGGGCCGCGCCAAGACACGCCGGACCUGCAUGUGCUCCCCGACCAACCACCCGGGCUCGUUCCGUUGCAGCCUCCACAAGGAGCGCAAGGAGGUGAACGUGCUAGCACAGCGCGUCCCCAUGGGGAGCGGGCACUGGGCACGCAGGGCGCUGGCUCCUCCGUCUCCCUCGGUGCAGCAGCGGCAGCAAAGGAAGCGCGCCGACGGGCUCCGCGUCCGGCCCAGCCGGCUCUCCGGCGCCUCCAUGGCCGGCGGCACCCAGUAAAUAAAACAACAGCGUCGACAUGCCAUGGCAGCAAGAUACGAGUACAUACUGAACAUACUGUACAUAUACAUAGGAAAGAAACUCCCCGAAUAAUUCCGUUCGCUGUAUAGAAGAUCCGCGGGGAUUAGGCCUGAUCAAUUAGCUGUACAUAGAGUGAGCCCAUUCGUCCUCUCUGCUCCACUUGUACAUAGAGUGAGCUCUCCGCCCGCUGUGUAUAACUCCAUGAGUUCGGUUUUGGAUAUACUACACCAAUACAUGAGUGAGAAAUUAGAGA